GCGGCGGCGGCUGACGUGCAGAAACAAUCUCCCUUCUCUGGAAAACCCCAUUUGCUAUCGUGCUCGUCCAAUCGCCGGGUGCCCUCGGCUCGUAAAGCGUUAGACUUGACGUUCCCACUGAACUAGUGCCGCUUCCGUCUCCUUGUCUCCCUCUCCUCCCGCUGGCAACGAGGAGAUCCCCCCGUCCCGUCUCCUGCCAUGAGUCCUCAUCUAACCACAGUGCAGCAGCAGCGAGGCUUGAAGUGACUGCGUUCAAGCCUCGCUGGUCGACUUAGCGCACGAUCGAGACGGGACACGCUCGGGUUUCUUGUGGAGAAACGCGCCGUGAGAUACGGGUAAACAUGCAGGAGAAGCUGACCGUAACGCAGACCCCCACUUCAGCGCGGGCGUCGUCGUUUUUCAUCGAGAACCUACUGGGCAAGGAGCGGGACGGGCAGGAUUUAGCGUCGGGCGGCAGUCGAUGGGAAGCGGGAGCGGUGGAAAUCGUCUCUAUUGACCGAGUCCUCAACUCGCAUCCUGCGCCCCACGGCUCCAGCUCCACGGACCGGUCUCCGUACAGGGAGUCACCGUUGCAGUGGUACCGCGGGGGGGCUGCAUCCUUGAACUUCAGAGGGUUGGAAACACCACACAGUCCAUUAAGAGACAACACAAGUCCAGAGGAUCACUGCUGCUCCAUGACGACCAGCGACAGAGGUUCACCUGCUGUGUCCGAGCCCAUAACCGAAGGCAGCGACGAGACAGAGCAGAAAACAGGGGACAGCAACCUGACGGACGACAACGACGACGCGCCCCACGCCUUUGACGCACGGCCGGAGCAGGACGCGUCAUCCGACGCGAGCUCCACUCGGAAGAAGAAGACCCGGACCGUGUUCAGCCGCAGUCAGGUCUUCCAGCUGGAGUCGACCUUCGACCUGAAACGGUACCUGAGCAGCUCGGAGAGAGCGGGGCUGGCGGCGUCUCUCCACCUGACAGAGACUCAGGUGAAGAUCUGGUUUCAGAACCGGAGGAACAAGUGGAAGAGGCAGCUAGCGGCGGACCUGGAGGCUGCUCACAUCCCAAACUCCACGCAGAGGAUUGUCAGGGUCCCCAUUCUCUAUCACGAGGGACCAACACCCACUCUGGGCUUCAACCUGACCGGGCAUCCAGUCUCUGCACCCGUCGCGGGCUUCCCCAGCUCCAUCAACUACCCUCUGUCCUCGUUUGCUCACUCCAUGAGCAUGCUGAGGUCGCAGAUGACGGGCUUGGUGUAAAGACUGAUUCAUAUCAAACUGUUAAACAUCACCGAAUCGUGCAAUAGUCCACAAUGAAAACAGAAAACUGCUGACUGCACCCAAAGAGCCACAGAGAGUGUGACUGUAACACAAAGUAAUGCAUCAUCCCUACACCUCUGCGAAGCCUCUGCUCCUGUCACUGUACAUCAACGAUGACGACAGUCAGUGGAGGCUGUUCAUGUGCUGUAUGUUUGAAAACACACGGAUUUUUUUCUUCUUUUUACAAAUUUUUAUAUUUAAAGCCACGGGUUUUUCCAACGUUGUCAC